UAGAAAAACUAGAAAUCCAAGAAGAAGAUCAUGAUGGAGAAGAAAGGGGGCCAUGGCACGAGGAAAAAGGGAGGGCUUGUCACAAUGCCCUUCAUUUUUGCAAAUGAGGUUUCUGAGAAGUUGGCUGUGGUGGGAUUUAAUGCAAAUAUGAUUAGCUAUUUAACAACACAGCUGCAUAUGCCAUUAACCAAAGCAGCUAACACCGUUACCAACAUUGGAGGCACUGCUAGCUUGACACCUUUGCUCGGAGCCUUCCUCUCUGAUGCCUAUGUCGGCCGCUUCUGGACUGUAACUGUUGCUUCCAUCAUUUACCAAAUUGGAAUGAUUCUCUUAACACUAUCGGCAGUACUUCCACAACUAAGGCCACCCCCAUGUGAAGUUGGUACUCAAGUAUGUCAAGAAGCUGACUUCGGACAGGUGGCAAUUCUCUACAUAUCUCUCUUACUUGGAGCCCUAGGAUCUGGUGGGAUCCGACCCUGUGUUGUGGCAUUCGGGGCGGACCAGUUUGAUGAGGCGGAUCCUAAGCAAAACACAAAGACAUGGAAAUAUUUCAACUGGUACUAUUUUGUCAUGGGGGUAUCCAUAUUAGUGGCUGUGACAGUGCUUGUCUAUAUUCAGGAUAAUGUUGGAUGGGGUUGGGGCCUUGGAGUUCCAACCAUUGCCAUGCUUAUUUCAAUUGUUACCUUUAUUGGUGGGUACCCACUUUACCGGAACUUGGAUCCGGCUGGGAGUCCAUUUACUCGGUUGGUGCAGGUGAUGGUGGCAGCUUACAGGAAGAGAAAGUUGCCCAUGGUUUCUGAUCCUAAAUUACUGUACCAGAAUGAUGAGCUUGAUGCCUCCAUUUCCCUGGGUGGGAAGCUUCUCCACACUAAGCACAUGAAGUUUUUUGACAAGGCAGCCAUAGUGACAGAAGAAGACAAGCAACUCAAAUAUGGGGAAGCACCCAACCUAUGGAGACUAAACACAGUUCAUCGAGUGGAAGAACUAAAAUCAGUGAUCCGAAUGGGGCCAAUAUGGGCAGCAGGAAUCCUCCUCAUCACAGCCUACGCACAACAGGGCACAUUCUCCCUGCAGCAAGCCAAAACCAUGGACAGGCACCUCUCAAAAUCCUUCGAAAUCCCUGCUGGAUCAAUGUCUGUCUUCACCUACAGCACCAUGCUCCUCACCAUCGUAUUCUACGACCGCAUCUUCAUCCCCGUAGCCCGCCACUUCUCCGGCCUCGACCGCGGCAUCAACUUCCUCCACCGGAUGGGAAUUGGGUUCGCCAUCUCCAUCUUGGCCACUCUGGUUGCAGGUUUCAUCGAAGUGAAGCGCAAAAACGCCGCCAUGGCAAGCGGCCUCAUCGAUCAUCCUCAUUCCAUCAUUCCCAUAUCAGCGUUUUGGCUUGUGCCACAGUACAGCCUGCAUGGGAUGGCAGAAGCUUUCAUGUCAAUUGGACAUCUGGAGUUUUUCUACGACCAGGCACCAGAAAGCAUGAGGAGCACAGCCAUGGCACUGUUUUGGUUGGCCAUUUCUUUUGGGAAUUAUGUGAGCUCGCUUCUGGUUUCCAUAGUGCAUAAGUGCAGUGCAGGUCCAAACGGAUCAAACUGGCUGAAGGAUGACAACCUGAGUAAGGGAAAGUUGGAGUACUUUUACUGGUUGAUCACGUUAUUGCAAGUUGUUAACUUGAUAUAUUACCUUUGUUGUGCGAAACUGUACACAUUUAAGCCCAUUCAGAUCAAAAGCAAAGAAGGUGGAAGCUCUGAAGAAGGAGGAAUGGAGUUAGCUAACAGGGUUUAAUUAGUUGCAGUUUUAGGAGUAGUUAGUUGCAAGCCCUUAGUUUGUACUUUGUAGUUUAUUUUCUUUGAAAGGAUAGUGCUUGUAGAGAACAAAAUCAUGAAGGGAAUAUGUACUUUGAAUGAUGGAAAUGUAGAAUAAUGAUGGAAGGAAUUAAAUAAAUAAAUUUAUUAUAAAAAAUCA